AGAUCAUCUGCAGCAACAAAUCGGCUCCAGAACCUGAAGACAAUCUGCACAUUUCUGCGAGUGGGUCAUGGAGGUGUCGUCUCACAGCCUCUUCCUGCUGCAGCAGCUCAAUGUUCAGAGAGAGUUCGGCUUCCUGUGUGACUGCACCGUCGCCAUCGGAAACGUCUACUUUAAAGCUCACCGAGCCGUGCUGGCUGCCUUCUCCAACUACUUCAAGAUGAUCUUCAUCCACCAGUCCAGCGAGUGUAUAAAGAUCCAGCCCACAGACAUCCAGCCGGACGUCUUUAGCUACCUGCUGCACAUCAUGUACACGGGCAUGUGUCCCAAACAGCCGGUGGACCAGAGCCGGCUGCAGGAGGGCAUCAAGUUCCUUCACGCCUACCAGCUGUGCCGGAAGCCCGGCGAGGGUGCCGCUGACGCCGCCACCGACGUGGUUCGCAUGUCCAACCUGUACGGCAUCCAGAUCUCCUCCCAGCUGGCAAACAAGGAGGCGCCUGGAGUCCCGAAGUCCACCACAGUGUCCUGCGGGGCCCCCGACGAUGAACGCUCCUCUGGCCGGGGGGGACGGUCCCUCUCACAGUUGUCCCUUGCUGUUGGACUGGAGGGGGUCCCGUCAGACCGCCAGGCCUCGGUACAACGCAACGUCUGCUCUGUGGCAUCCGGAGAUGACUCGGAUAUCUCAACCCGCAUCAAGCAGGAGCGGCUGGAGGAGGAGGAAGGGGAGGACGGUGAGGGGGAAGAGGGCCAGGGGGCGGGGUCUCCGUCUCCAGCUCAGGGUAGCAGUCCCAGUCAGAGCCUCCUGUUCAAAGAACGCUCCCUAGUCCUGCUGUGUCCUCGCUGUGGAGAACGCUGCUCCUCCCCUGAGGGCCUACGGGAGCACCUGUUCAGCCAUGCUCUCGAUCCCACCCGCCUGAUGGAGGGGCUGUCGCAGGGCGGCGAGCUGGAUGCCGGUGCGGAGGAGGGGCCGCCGGGGGCCCAGGAGCAGCUGGAUGCAGGAUGUCUGGAGGAGGCACUGAGACAGAGCCAGGCGCUCGCUAAUCAGCUGGCUGCAGAGCUGAGGAGGAGCCGGGGGGGAGGAGGAGGGGGAGGGGGAGGGAGCAGCCCCACCCCCGCCGUCCUGCAUUCGCGCAAACGAAAGAUCGCCUGCGCCGUCUGCAGCCUACGCUUCUCCCACAAGAGCCAGCUGCAGGAGCACAUGUACACCCACACCGGCAAACCGUCCCGCUACCACCGCUACAACCGCCUCUGCAGCCAGCUUUUCCAAGCCUCCGCCCACUUCUGCGAGGGCGCCGCAGAGCACGGGGGAGGGGGCGGAGCCUCGGCCGGCACCGCCGCGCUGUCUGAGGAGACCAACAGGGACACUCAGGACAACGGCAGCUCCUGCUACUCCCUGGACUCAGAGAUCUCUCAGGAGAGCGUGGAUGGCGUGCCGGUCGAAUGA